AUGCCCGCCACCAAAAUCGACGGUAAUGCCAUUGCCAAGUCUAUCCGUGAGAACAUCUCUCGCGAUGUCGCCGACAAGCAGGCCAAGAACUCCCGCUACAAGCCCAGCCUGGUCAUCCUCCAGGUCGGCGACCGAACCGACUCCUCCACCUAUGUUCGCAUGAAGCUCAAGGCAUGCGAAGAGGCCAACAUCACCUGCCGAUUGGAGACAUUCCCAGAGUCCAUCACCGAGUACGAACUGCUCGAGAAGAUUGACCAAUUCAACAAUGACGAGUCUGUCCACGGCAUGCUCGUGCAGCUGCCCCUUCCGAAACACCUCAACGAGUACGAAAUCACCUCCGCCGUGGCCGACGAGAAAGAUGUGGACGGAUUCGGAGCUACAAACAUCGGUGAGCUCGCCAAGAAGGGUGGGAAGCCAUUGUUCGUGCCUUGCACGCCCAAGGGUGUCAUGGUGUUGCUGAAAGAGUCGGGUGUUGAUCUCAAGGGCAAGAAUGCGGUUGUCAUUGGCAGAUCAGACAUUGUCGGUGCUCCCGUGAGCUACUUGCUGAGGAACGCCGAUGCCACCGUCACAGUAUGCCACUCCAAGACACAAAACUUGAAAGAGGUCGUCAAGCAGGGUGAUGUCGUGGUGGCAGCCAUUGGAAGCCCAGGUUUCGUCAAGGGAGACUGGUUGAAGCCCGGUGCUGUUGUGAUCGAUGUCGGCACGAACGGUGUUCCAGACUCCACCAAGAAGUCGGGCCAGCGACUAGUUGGAGACGUCGACUACGAAUCUGCUUUCGAAGUCGCCAGCCAGAUCACUCCCGUUCCAGGUGGUGUUGGCCCAAUGACAGUCGCUUCUCUCCUCUCCAAUGUGGUCACUGCAGCGGACGUGCAGUUCGAGCGUGCAAAGGCCCGUCACAUUGUCCCUCUGCCAUUGAAGCUGCUAUCGCCCGUCCCCUCCGACAUCGCAGUGUCUCGCGCACAGCACCCCAAGCUGAUCAACAAGGUCGCCUCUGAGAUUGGCAUUCGCACCCACGAGCUCGAGCCGUACGGUGCAUACAAGGCCAAGGUCGCUCUCGAUGUGCUGAAGCGUCUUGAACACCGCAAGAACGGUCGCUACAUCCUCGUUGCUGGUAUCACGCCAACUCCUCUUGGAGAGGGCAAGUCCACAACCACGAUCGGUCUCACACAAGCUCUGGCCGGCCAGCUCGGUCGCGUCGCUUUUGCCAACGUUCGCCAGCCUUCCCAAGGUCCCACAUUUGGCAUCAAGGGAGGCGCUGCAGGAGGUGGCUACAGUCAGGUCAUUCCCAUGGACGAGUUCAACUUGCACUUGACAGGAGACAUCCACGCGAUCACCGCCGCCAACAACUUGCUCGCUGCUGCCAUCGAUACCCGCAUGUUCCACGAAGCUACUCAGAAGAACCAAGCACUUUACAACCGUCUUGUACCUGCGAAGAAGGGCAAGCGGGAGUUCCCCAAGGUCAUGUUCACCCGCCUGCACAAGUUGGGAAUCAACAAGACGGAUCCCAAUGAGCUUACCGAGGAUGAGAUUGCCAAAUUUGCGAGACUCGACAUUGACCCAGAGACCAUCACCUGGCGCCGUGUACUGGACGUCAACGAUCGUCACCUUCGUGGAAUCACCAUCGGACAGGCCCCUACCGAGAGCAAGGUGGAGCCGAGACAGACUGGUUUCGACAUUUCCGUUGCCUCGGAGUGUAUGGCUGUGCUCGCUCUUUCCACUGAUCUCAGUGAUAUGCGAGCUCGUCUCGGCCGCAUGGUCGUUGCCUCAUCGCGUGCUGGCGACCCAGUCACUUGUGACGAUCUCGGCUGUGGCGGCGCACUCGCUACCUUGAUGAAGGACGCCGUCAAGCCCAACUUGAUGCAAACCCUCGAAGGCACACCCGUCUUCGUCCACGCCGGUCCAUUCGCCAACAUCAGUAUUGGCAACAGCUCCGUCAUCGCUGAUCGUGUGGCCCUCAAACUCGCUGGCACGGAACCUGAUGAGGAAGCCGAGCGCAAUGACAAGGUUGGCUUUGUCGUCACCGAAGCUGGCUUCGACUUCACCAUGGGCGGAGAACGCUUCAUGAACAUCAAGUGCCGCAACUCAGGCCUCGUCCCUGACGUCGUCGUCAUUGUCGCCACCGUCCGCGCCCUCAAGGUUCACGGCGGCGGCCCCGAGAUCAAAGCCGGCGCCCAGCUUGACAAGGUCUACCGCGAGGAGAACGUUGACAUCCUCCGCAAGGGAUGCAUCAACUUGGCCAAACACAUCGCGAACGCCAAAUCCUACGGCGUCAACGUCGUCGUCGCCAUCAACCGCUUCGACACCGACACCGACGCGGAGAUGCAAGUCAUCCGCGAGGAAGCCGUCGCCGCCGGCGCCGAAGACGCCAUCACAGCCAACCACUAUGCCGAAGGUGGCAAGGGUGCCAUCGACCUCGCCAAGGGCGUCAUCGCCGCAGCGGAGAAGUCUCAGCCGGAGAACUUCCACUUCCUUUACGAUCUGGAGGGCUCCGCCAACGAACGCAUCGAAGCCAUCGCGAAGAAAAUGUACGGCGCUGGCAGCGUGUCGUUCUCCGAGGUCGCGCAAAAGAAGAUCGAUACGUACACAAGACAAGGAUUCGGAAACUUGCCCAUCUGUAUCGCCAAGACGCAGUACUCGCUGUCUCACGAUGCCGCUUUGAAGGGCGCACCCGAGGGCUUCGAGGUGCCGAUUCGCGAUGUACGCAUGGCGGCUGGUGCUGGGUAUUUGUAUGCUUUGGCGGCGGAUAUUCAGACGAUUCCGGGAUUGCCGACCGCGCCGGGAUACCUCAAUGUUGAGAUUGAUGGUGAGACCGGCGAGAUUGACGGUCUCUUCUAGGCGGAUGCAAUAUGCAUGGCAUGGAGGGCAGGAUUUUCUUUUCGGGUGUGUUUUAUGAUACCAUGCUGGCCCUCAACUUGGCCAGGCAAAACUUUCUUGCAUCCACGCGACGCGUGAGGGCGUCGAUUGCUUUUCGACGGGAAUACAACUGGGAGGGAUAGAAAAAGGCCGGCGUUUUUUGGUUCACUCAACGUGGAUUUAUAAAAGCGCGGCGUUGGUGGUUCGAACUUCUUGGGUAUCUAGUGAUCUAGGUGAUAGUUGGUAACGAAGAGAGGUUGCCUUCG